AUGGGUGGAUGGAUCGUCGUCGUUGUGGUUGUGGCUGUUGUUGGAGUGGAGUACAAAGUCAUGGCAUGGAAUGGAACGGUUAUGGAGCAAGCGCUUGGGGUUUUUGCGUACGCUGUUUGCGUAGCUGGUGUAGGUACGCUACCUGAUGAGGAGACGAAUUGGGAAGUAGACGUGUUUUGGAUUUGGGGUUGGGGUUUGAGGGUUUGA